AUUCACGGCGUGAACGACGUGCACGUCACUCCGUCGUUAUGAUAAGUCUGCGGUUACGUGUACGCGACCGUCAUGGACACCUAGGACCAAAUCAACGUCAUGGAAUGUCGAGGAAACUUGAUCGACGAAUGUACCGGUUAGACCGUGGACUCACAGUCGCACUCGUCGCGUACGAUUGCUAGAACACGCUAGAAGGGCGAGGGAGAGGGGGCAAGGCACUAUGGGAGCAAUUUGCGACAGGCGCAUGCGCAGAUCAGUUUACAGUUGGAGCUUGAAAGAAAAUGGCGUCAGCUAAGUUUCUGGAGGAAGCUCUGAGCACGGAUGUCGAUGAAUCCGCAGUGAACGCGAUAGUGGGCUCCCUCGAGACGCAGCUUGUUACGUCCACGCCGACUGUCGCCGGCCAUCAAGCGAGUUCCGCAUCGGUCAGCCAGCAGAAUCACCAGGUGAACAGCGCUAUUUCCAACGGGGGCACCAUCACCGCGGUACAGCCACAGAAACAUGGGGUUUCGAACGGCGGCGGUGCGACUACCGUGAAUAGUCUAAUGACUCAGGAGGUCACCAAGUCGAUUACUACCAGCACUCUGCUGCCUGUGAACGUGGUUACCUCGAACACAGUGGCGCCACAGGUCAUCACCACGCAGCAGCAGCCGCCGCCGCAGGUACAGCCACAGCAGCAGCAGCAGCACACACAACCGCCAGGAAUAUCUCCCGCUACCUAUAUCAAUCAAGUGACGACUAAUCAGGUGUCCAGUAAUCAGACUACACAUUUACCAAGUUUGACCAAGACGCACGAACCAGUGAAGCUUAUCUAUCCCACAGUCGGACAAGUUAUUGCCACUACGGGGGUGGCAAAUGCUAAUAAUAAGCUCUCCUUUCCCGCUCAAACUGUCGGGCAGUUAGCAAACGGUACUUUAGGUAUAACGUCGCAGGCAGUGCUGCAGACUACAGCGAACGUUGUUACCAAUGUUGGCUCUGUUAGCCAGGCGGGGAGCCAAACAGUGACUGCAGUGAAUAAGCCAACAGGGGCAGCUUUAGUGAUUAAGACAAGUGUAGCGCCUGGCAUGGUUUCCGUUCCAAUGUCUGUACCAGUCUCUGUGGCUGGCAAUACAGUCAGCACAGCGUUACAGGCUAAGGGUGGGGUUACUUCGACGAUAGUACCCAGUAAUGUUCAAAUCCUUAAUGUAAAUACGAUGCGUCCUGCAACGCCGGUAGCGGGACAGCAAGCUAAUAAACAAGUUACGCCAAGAGUGGUGAUUGGACAACACCAAUUGGUUGGAGCUAGAGCUGGAGGUCCAGGGAUAACGUUACAGGCACUUCACAGCCUUCAAGCUGGUGCUCAAGGUCAUCUGUUAUUAAAAACAGAAAAUGGACAGUAUCAGUUAUUAAGGGUGGGUCCAGCUCCAACUGCGGGUACUCCCACUGGUACUGCUGUUACACCGAAUAGUAUAACUGGCAAUGCAGUAGUUGCUGCACCAUCUCCAGGCACUACGUACCGCCUAACUUCAGUGCCGACUGUAAGUAGGCUGAAUACUCAGUUCACUGGCCCACCACUCGCCACCCUAAGAAAAUCUGUUCAGACUGUUGCUCCUACUAUUACUACAUCUACUACAACCCCAGGAACAGUGACUACUGCACCUACAACUACUUCUACACCAACGGCUACCACUGUUCAAACAGCUCAAACUUCUACACCGCGUCAAACUACUGAUAAUACCAAAGAAAAGUGCCGUAAAUUCUUAGCAAACUUAUUAGAGUUAUCUAGUCGAGAGCCUAAAGCAGUGGAACGCAAUGUUCGAACUUUGAUACAAGAACUGAUUGAUACUAAGGUCGAGCCAGAAGAAUUUUGUGACAGACUUGAAAAAUUAUUAAAUGCUUCACCACAACCAUGUCUCAUUGGAUUUUUGAAGAAAAGUUUGCCUCUUUUACGGCAAUCACUCGUCACGAAAGAAUUGGUCAUAGAGGGAAUAAAGCCUCCUCCAGCCAAUGUCGUUUUUUCUAUAGCAUCGGCUGUUGUUCCAACUAUUACGCAAUCACAAUACAGACCUGCAGAAUAAUUAUGAGGAAUUGUUUUAAUAACAUUAAAGUAUGCGGUUUUUUUGUAAUUUUUUACGAGUGCAAUUUUUACGUGUACAAUAACAAUUACAUCGUUUUAGGUUCGACCAGUAACGACGGUGGUUCGGAGCCCUACUGCAGCAUAUACAGUAAAAUCGACAGUAGCAACAACUGGAAUUCGCCCCACUGCCCCUGUUGUGCAAAAACCACCUAUAAUUACAACCACAGUUGUAAAACCAAUCACUACUACGCAAGGAAAAACACUCAAUACCACCACUACUGUUAAUAAAGCCGUAGUGCCUUCUCUUGUUCAAAAACCGGCUGCGAAAGAGAAAGAGAAAAAGACGUUUUCAUCAGCAGGAUAUACGGCGGAUGAUGACAUAAAUGAUGUAGCAGCUAUGGGUGGUGUUAAUCUUGCGGAGGAAUCUCAAAGAAUACUCGGUUCUACAGAAUUUGUUGGUACCCAGAUACGAUCUUGUAAAGAUGAAGUAUUUUUGCACAUGACGUCAUUACAACAAAGAAUUAAACAAAUUGCAUCCAGUCAUGGAUUGGAAGAACCCAAUCAAGAAGUAGCAGCAUUAAUUUCGCACGCUGUUCAAGAAAGGUUAAAGAAUUUAGUAGAAAAGUUAGCAGUCAUCACAGAACAUAGGAUAGAUCUUAUAAAGGUCGAUCCUAGAUAUGAAGUAACACAAGAUGUAAGAGGACAAUUAAAAUUUUUGGAAGAUCUAGAUAGAAUCGAACGUAGAAAACACGAAGAACAAGAACGAGAAUUACUUUUACGUGCUGCAAAGAGUCGUGCAAAAACAGAAGAUCCCAAGCAAGCAGAAUUAAAAGCUAAGGCCAAAGAGAUGCAACGCGUAGAGAUGGAACAAUUAAGAACAAGGGAUGCGAAUAUAACAGCUUUGCAAGCAAUUGGUCCUCGUAAGAAGCCUAAACUCGAUACGGCAGGAUCGACCAAUAGCACUCCUAGCGCAAAUGCAUCAGUGAGCGGAUUAAAUAGGCAAAUGCCUAUGAGACCACGUUUGAAGAGAGUGAAUUUCAGGGAUUUGAUAUUUCUUCUCGAACAAGAGAAAGAAACAUGUAGAAGCACAACACUUUAUAAAUCAUACUUGAAGUGAUGCACUGUGAAGGGCAGGAACUUUAGUGACCCGCCCAAAAUUUGGCGCUCUAUCUGCAUGGUCUUGUAUGAGCUGGCCUCGAUGGAUCGUGCGACGUUAUUUUACGUUGCAAUGUAUAGUAAGUUAUUGGAAAUUGCAUAUUAUUGCAAUGAAAAUUAUUGGGAAUUAGCUUGGGAGUCUGCGUAUAUUCAAGGUAAAAUUGUUUCCAUCAUGUCGAUACUAAGCUUCCCUAUUGUAAAUGACUGAACAUUUUUUAACUGUAGCAUACGUUUUUUAAAUGUAAUAUAAUAGAUCGCUCUUUAUUUUUCAACACAAAAUCGCAUCGAUGAAAAGAGUAAUGUGUAUGAGCACAUGUCUCGUGAUUAGUCUCUACGUAGUCCUUUCGUGGUGUGUGUGUGAGAGAGAGAAAGAAAAAAAGAGAAAAAAAUCAUGUAUGUGUGACCAUAGAAAUAUUGUUACAUGAAUGUGUGAAUGUACAUUAAAUGAAUGAAUGUCUUGUCACUAUGUGUAGGUUCGCUGCAUUGUAAUACUUGACCUAUACUUUUGGACACUGUAGCGUUAGUGUAAAAUAAGCAGGUUUUGUUAUAAUAGUAAAUCGUAUUUUUGCAAACUAUAAUGUAAUAAUAAUACCGCGAGCACACUGUCCAAAAAGUAUGGAAUAAUUUGUACAAUAUCUUACACAUAAUUACUAAAUAGUGAUAAUUUCAAUGUUGGUACAACAGAAUAUAGCUACUCUCCACCGGAAGUUGGAAUUGUUAUCAGUAUAUUAUGUUGUAUAUUGCAAUCAACAUUUUCAGUGUUUAUAAAAAAAAUUAGCUGUUACGUUUUUUAUUAAAGAAAUAUUUACAAAACUAAGAAUAA